ACCACCAUUGGAAGCCAAAGAAUCCGAUUCUGCAGCCACCUCCACACUGCUUGUAGCGCCAAGGUGUGUCAACAAUUUCAAUGGAAAGCCAUGCAGAUGCACCGCUUCUUACCUCUAAACAUGUCUCAAACAACGUUCACUUUCGCAACGACAUCCAGGAUAGCCCUCCGAUCACCGGAGCAAAGGAAUUCUUUGUUCAAUUUGGAAUUGAAUCAAAAAAGCUCUGGUAUCUCGCCGGCCCCGCCAUAUUCACUUCCGUCUGCCGUUACUCCCUUGGCGCUGUCACUCAAACGUUCGCUGGUCAUGUCGGAACUCUAGAUCUCGCAGCAUUCUCCGUCGAGAACUCUGUCAUUGCCGGUUUCUCUUUGGGGAUCAUGCUUGGAAUGGGAAGUGCGUUGGAGACUCUGUGUGGGCAAGCAUAUGGAGCAGGUCAUGUGGAUAUGUUAGGUGUAUAUAUGCAGAGAUCUUGGGUUAUCCUCUUGGUCACGGCUAUGAUGAUGUUAUCCCUUUACAUCUUCGCCACUCCAUUGCUGUUGUUCAUCGGACAAACAGAAGAGAUUGCACAUGCAGCGGGGAAGAUGGCGUUAUGGAUGAUUCCUCAGCUAUUCGCUUACGCAUUAAAUUAUCCGAUCGCCAAGUUUUUGCAGGCGCAGAGUAAGAUAAUGGUGAUGGCUUACAUAGCUGCGACGGCGCUGGUACUGCAUACUCUCUUUAGUUGGCUUUUAAUGCUCAAGUUGGGGUGGGGGCUUCUCGGAGGAGCGGUGGUGCUGAACCUGUCGUGGUGGUUUAUAGUGGUGGCUCAGCUGAUCUAUAUUUUCAGCGGCUCCUGUGGUCGAGCAUGGUCUGGGUUUAGCUGGGCCGCCUUCAGUAACCUGUGGAGCUUCGUCAAGCUGUCCUUCGCGUCAGCCAUCAUGCUUUGUUUGGAAACAUGGUAUUUUAUGGCAUUGGUACUUUUUGCUGGAUAUCUAAAGAACGCCGAAGUUGCCGUGGAUGCACUCUCCAUAUGCACAAACAUUGUUGGAUGGGCAAUUAUGGUAGCAAUUGGAUUCAACAUCGCUAUCAGUGUAAGGGUGUCGAAUGAACUAGGGGCAGGCCAUCCAAGAGCUGCAAAAUUUGCGAUCGGGGUGGUGGUGGCUUCCUCAUUUGCAUUCGGUACUUUGCUCGCCAUUCUCCUUGUCAUUUUUCGGCAUCAAUAUCCAGCCAUUUUUGCCGAUAGCAAAGAAGUUCAGCAAGCGGUUUACGCCCUCACUCCAUUGCUAGCAACUUGCCUUAUCAUUAACAAUAUUCAACCUGCACUCUCCGGGGUGGCAAUUGGGGCAGGAUGGCAAGCUGUGAUCGCUUAUAUCAAUAUCGCAUGCUACUACGUGUUUGGCAUACCUUUGGGACUCACUUUGGGUUUCCUAGCCGAUUGGGGCAUAAAGGGUAUAUGGAUCGGCAUGCUAACUGGAACCGUGGUACAAACAACCGUCUUGUUUUGCAUUUGUUACAGAACAAACUGGGAUAAAGAGGCGUCCAUGGCUGACAAGAGAAUUAAAGAAUGGUCUGGUCAGACUAAUGUGGAAGGCUCAGAUAAAUGACUUGAUGGAGGCUGAAUUUAUUUAAUGGUUCGUAUUGGAGUAAAUUACAUUCUUCGUCCCUAUAAUUUGUUAGAAAUUACAGAUUUUGUCCCUGUGGUUUUAAAACUACGGUUUUCAUUUGUACC